AUGGCUGUUUCAUCAUUGCAAAAUGGCAGCCCACACAGCCCAGCAGCUCGUGUACACAAUCUGAUAUGCAGGCAGCCGCCGGCCGCAGAAAAGAAGGAUGCAGGAUAUAAAGCAUUUGUUGUUGAUGGUUGGAAUGGUUUCCACAGGAAAGAGAGGCUAAAGACUCAUGUUGGUGAUGUUGGUGGAGCACAUUAUAAUGCUAUGAAGAAGUGUGAUGCUUUGUUACAAAGAAAUCAGCACAUAGAUGUUGUUUUGCAUAGGCAAAGUGAAGCAGCAAAGAGGGCUUAUUUUACUAGAUUGAAUGGAUCCAUUGAUACUGCUAGGCUUCUAUUGAAGCAAGGCUUGCCUUUCCGUGGUCAUGAUGAGUCAAAGGAGUCUUUGAAUAAAGGGAAUUUCUUAGAGGUUUAUGACUGCUUAGCUGAUCAUGAUCCAGAUUUGAAAAAAGCAGUGGAACAAAUGGCUGUGGUUUUGAGGUAUGUUGACAAAUGUGGAAUUGUGAAAGAGAGGUUUGUUGGUCUUGUGCAUGUGACUGAAACUUCUUCUUCCUGUCUCAAGUCAGCUAUUGAUUGUCUAUUUGCAAAGUUUAAGCUUAGCUUAAAGAAAGUUAGAGGGCAAGGAUAUGAUGGUGCUAGCAACAUGCGAGUUGUGUAA